CAUUUAAAAGCCGAGGGUGGAGAGCGAAGGGUAUGAUUUAGUUUGAACUUCUACUGAAGCACCAACAACACAUCAGCAACCAUGGUUGAGUGGACAGAUAGUGAGCGCGCCAUCAUUAAUAGCAUCUUCUCCAACUUGGACUACGAAGAGAUCGGCCGCAAGUCUCUGUGCAGGUGUCUGAUCGUGUACCCCUGGACCCAGAGGUACUUCGGCGGCUUCGGCAACCUGUACAACGCAGAGACCAUCCUGUGCAACCCCCUGAUCGCCGCCCAUGGCACCAAGAUCCUGCACGGUCUGGACCGGGCCCUGAAGAACAUGGACGACAUCAAGAACACCUACGCCGAGCUGUCUCUGCUCCACUCUGACAAGCUGCACGUGGAUCCCGACAACUUCAGGCUGCUGGCCGACUGCCUGACCGUCGUCAUCGCCGCCAAGAUGGGCCCCGCCUUCACCGUGGAUACCCAGGUGGCGUGGCAGAAGUUCCUGUCUGUCGUCGUCUCCGCUCUGGGCAGACAGUACCACUAAGCUGAUAUUCAACAAAAUGCAGAUUUUCUUGAAUAAACAAAAAAUGAAAAACAAUUGUACUUUCA